UGUAUAUGCAGUCAAAGUUGAUUAAAAAAAAGGAACUUUUUAUACCACUGUCCCUCAACAAUAUAUGUUCAGAUCCCUCAAUUUUUUUAAUAUAUGUUCUGAUUUAUCUGUGCACAAGGUCGUUCAUGAAUGUUACAUACAGGUAUAUAGCUUUAACCUCCGUAUCCGUAUUGCGUUUUCUUCUUGGAAAUUACCACCUUCGGAGCUUUUGUUGUAUUUGGCUGCUGAACCUUUCUACACACACAAGCAUCUACUGACUUGGUGUCUAUAUAUAAAAAAGCUUUAUAUAGAAAGCUAACUGUAAUUGUUAUUACUUUUUUGUGAAUUAAGUUUCCUAGUGGAUCCCAGAAUUAUAAUGUUCCCUUUUAUCGGGUUAAAAUGUUGCCAUUUUCAACACGUCAGUAAGCAUUGUGUAAGUAUGUGCAAGCUUAAUGUGCGGCUGCGCUGUAUUUGGUGUUCUUUCUUUCAAAACAGAGAUUUUUGGUGUUUCUGAAAAUUAAUCUCAACCUAAGGCCAUUCAAAUCGGACCUCCUUUUCGAAUCUUUUUAACACCGAUACAUUUUCAGAUAUUUCAACACCAUCUUGCGUCGAAUCAUAUUAGCUAGCAGCAUGGCCUGUAAGACUUGCAUAUAAAUGAUUGGUCAUGUUUUAAAUUUGUAAAUUAGAUUUAUUGGCUCGAAGGCUGGCGUUGAGCAACACACAACUUCCAAAUUGUCUCCAUCCGUAAUAUAAACAAUGCUACUCCCUCUGGCGCUUCCACACAAGUUACAGUAAGAGCAAGACCAGAGGAGACUUUACCAAUCCAUCUCUGAUCUGUUCCGUUGAUUGAAGUUAAUUUCGCUAACUUUUUGUAGUUUGUUCCGUGUGCCGAGAUCACUCCCUCCUACUCCCUCCAUCUCCAUCUCGUAAUAUAAGAUGUUAUUACAACCAAUAUAUGAGUACAUUGGUUGUUAUAACAUCUUAUAUUAUAGGACAGAGGGAGUAGUAUAUACCAUGCAGAGAAUUUAUGGGCUUUCUACUCUUUAUUUUUCUCUCCUAGUAAUGUUGUGCUUGAGUGUAAUUCUAGCUCUUUGUCGUUAAAAAAUGUCUUCGUGUUCUUUUCUCGGAAAUGGGGAACCCUUUGCUUUUGUAUAUGGCAUGCAUGUUUGAAUUAGCCAGGGAUUCAGAAGAUAACUGGAAUCAGACUACAUUUCAGAUACAUUAUUGGUGAACGAACUUAUUAUCCUUUUUCUCUAAUUAUUAAAUGAGAUAAUGACAUGUCGUUCAGUUUCAAGCAUUCAUGGGAUUGUGUGGUGAUCAUUAUGAUAAUGAAAGAGUAAUUUUCUUUAUAUGUUCCGUUCUGGCAGCAAAAACAACAUCCUUCCUGCUGAUGGCAGGAGUUUUGGAUGCUUUGGCAUCUUACGUCAGCAACAUGCUCACUGAGAUGGCAAUAGAAGAAGUGGCCAUGCUGAUUGGGGUCUCUAGCGGGAUUGAUGACCUAAGCGUCAAGCUCAGGGACCUAAAAAAUGUUCUUGCGGAUGCCGAUAAGUUGAAUAUCACAGACGAGAGUGUGCGGGAGUGGGUGGAGGAACUGAAGCGCGCCAUGUAUCACGCCACUGACAUCCUCGACCUGUGCCAGCUCAGAGUCAUGGAGCAAGGUCCAUCCAAGGACAUGGGGUGCCUUAAUCCACUCCUCUUCUGCAUGCGAAACCCCCUCCAUGCCCAUGAGAUCGGGAGCCGCAUCAAGGCGCUCAACCAAAAGCUAGAUGAAAUCUCCAAGAGGGGCGGUAGUUUCAAUUUUAUCAAGCUGGAAGCCUACCAAAACCAAAAGACAACCAACCCUCCUGCUGUCAACCGCAAGACAAAUCCAUUGCUGGAGUGA